AUAAUUUUUUAAAAAAAUUUGAAACAGAGAGAAUAUUCUAUCAUUGACACAAGUGGGUACAUAACAUCAUUUUACAUGAAAACUCAACACGCCUUAAUUAAUGACAGCCAGUAAUUCCGCGGCCUAACCUUUAUUUAUAUAUAAUAUAAGCACAUUACUUGUCCCCCAACCUUCUUCCUCCUCCACUCACCACUUCAAAGUUGGUUCACUUUAACUUUUUUCACUCCCAAAAAUUCUCACAUCACUCCGAAAUUUCUCCGAUCUAAUUAAAACCACCGGAAAUUAACAAUGGUGCUCAGCAAGGCAUCUUCGCAAUCCGACGUAUCGGUACAUUCUACCUUUGCUUCUCGAUAUGUUCGUGCUUCUCUUCCCCGGUAAGGAAAAUCUAACACGUCUGCUCUUAAUUUUGUGGGGGGAUUGUGAAAUUUUAGUUGAUUAAUUAGGGAAUGAAUUGAAACGGCAGGUUUAAGAUGCCGGAGAAUUCGAUCCCGAAGGAAGCAGCUUACCAGAUAAUCAACGAUGAACUGAUGCUGGACGGAAACCCGAGGUUGAAUCUGGCGUCGUUUGUGACCACGUGGAUGGAGCCGGAGUGUGAUAAACUCAUUAUGGACGCCAUUAACAAAAACUACGUCGACAUGGACGAAUACCCUGUCACCACUGAGCUCCAGGUAUAAUUUCACCCACCCGUACUGCUACUAACCCGACCCAUCUUACUUUAUUAGUAUUACUUGUUCUUCUGCUUCAUAGUUUCACUGAAUUUAAUUCCUGAUACAAAAAGAAGAAAAAUUGCAUAAUUAUGAACGCUGGUCAUGUUACAAAACUUGGAUUUGGGUAAUUCUCGUCGUUUUGUGCACGAAAGCUUGUCUUGUUGUCGUUCCUCUUUGGUCAACUAAACUUGUCCAAUCACAUUUUACCUUCAAUUAAAAAAAAAAAAAGAGUAAGAAAAAAUUGUGCAAUCACUGGACUUGGGUAAACAACAUUAAUAAAUUAGGCGCUGUUAUGAUUUGUUUGUUGAAGUUACCCCACCACGUUCUACGACUUUUUGUCUCACCACCACUACAAUACUUACUUCAAUGAUUCUUAUUCUUCUUGGUGGAUGGAAAUUUAAAAUUUUUUUCCAAAAGUGAAAACAUUAAAGCAUAGUUAUUACUCCCUCCGUCCCGUAAUUAUUGUCCAAUUUAAGUUCUCAUUUCUAGUUCAAAUUGUACUAAAAGUGAAAUCUCAAAUUGGACAAUAAUUUUGGGACAGAGGGAAUUAUAAUACUCUCCCUGUUAUACUGUUAUUUUGUAGUAGUAGUAGUAGUAUACUGUUAUUUGUCACAUCUCAAAAUAAGAAUCACAUCUAAUAAUCUAUCUUAAUUUCGAUUUAAGACUACACGUUAGCCAACUACCGUUAGUUUGUACACUUGAAGUGUAUGUGUAACUACCAGUCCAAAGACUUUUCAGUUUCCAGCUGCCAUUCCUCGUGGGUGAAAGGUCUUGGAAUUUUGGUUCAUGAUGUUGUAUUAAAACUGAAUUUUAAAGAAGACCAACAAUCAUUUUGGAUUAGGAAGAUCGUUAUUUUUAUGUGGAGCCAAAUACUAUUUUUACAGAUUUCAUAGAUAAGAUCAAUUAAGUUGCUAAGAAAAUGAUAAAAUAGAAAGGUGUAUAUGGUGUAGGCUAUUGGCAACCAGGCUACAAAAACAAAAUCCGUGCGGAAAUACGUGCAAAAAUUACGCAAUUUUCCACAAUCCCACACCAUUCGAGUACUUGGAAUAUGUUGCUUUCUCCCCUACUUGGAUCCAGUGAUCAUCACUACCAGUAGUAUUAUUAAAUUAACGAUUUCCAUUGAACUUUUUUGAUGGGUCUGUGUUGUAUGGGUUGGAUAUAGUAUAGUAGAUUUAUUGAUCUGAUAAUGGCGUUAUGAGUCUGUGAGAAUUAGUACAGUUGUCUUACCUUUUUGACUUUCUUUGAUUCGUGGUUUCAUAUUGUUUGUUUGGGCCAUUUUCACGCAAUUAAUUUCAAUAGCCGUCUGCAAAGUUUCCCACAAUGAUGAAAGCUCGAUCAAUAUAAACAUAUGUAUAAUUAGCCUUUUUGCAAUUCCUUGAAACUGGGGUAGUGAGAUUAAAAUGAAUCUCAUUCUAAUAAUCAACCAACCACGUGCUCGCUACCAUUUAUGACGGUGACGUUCACUGACAAAAUUCCGAGAUAGGUUUAUCCUUCGUCGCAUCUAAUGCCCUUUCUGCACAUGUGUUAUUUUGACAUUUGUUAUUACAUGUAUUGUUUUGAGAGGUAAAAGAAUAUAUUGACCAUUAGAAAGUAAAAAGCCUACAAGGACUGCAAGGGUAGCUCAUGAAUAGAUCAACAAAAAAAGUCAUAAAGGAAGAAAAAAUGAAUCUUGAAAAGUGGCAGUUGAUAGCAAGGACUUAUUUGAUUAUGUGAUGUUUUAAUUUUAAUUAAUUACAACGUCUAGAUAUAAAUUUGGACAGUAUUUUGACAGUCCUUUUAACUGGCAUUUCCCGCCUUGAAGGAAACUAAAUUCUUACCUGGAUGGAAGGGUUUAUAAAAUUAAAAUCUAAGGUUCCUUUUUUUUUUCGGUUUUGCUGCCUGAAUUGGCAUAAAACAGAACCGAUGUGUGAAUAUGAUCGCCCAUCUUUUCAAUGCUCCCCUUGGAGAUGGAGAGACUGCUGUUGGAGUUGGAACUGUUGGAUCAUCAGAAGCCAUUAUGCUCGCUGGCUUAGCAUUCAAGAGAAAGUGGCAAAACAAGAUGAAAGAAUUAGGAAAACCACAUGACAAACCUAACAUUGUUACUGGUGCCAAUGUCCAGGUUUGCUGGGAAAAGUUUGCAAGAUACUUUGAAGUUGAGCUAAAGGAAGUGAAGCUGAGGGAUGGAUACUAUGUGAUGGACCCUGAAAAGGCUGUGGAACUAGUAGACGAGAACACCAUCUGUGUUGCUGCUAUUUUGGGUUCCACCCUCAAUGGAGAGUUUGAAGAUGUCAAGCGCUUGAAUGAUCUCCUCACAGAAAAAAAUAAGCAGACUGGGUGGGAUACACCAAUUCAUGUUGAUGCAGCAAGUGGUGGAUUCAUUGCACCAUUUCUCUACCCAGAACUUGAGUGGGACUUCAGGUUGCCCCUGGUGAAGAGCAUCAAUGUUAGUGGCCACAAGUAUGGACUUGUGUAUGCUGGAAUUGGUUGGGUAAUUUGGAGAAGCAAGGCUGACUUGCCCGAAGAGCUCAUUUUCCAUAUCAACUAUCUUGGUGCUGAUCAGCCAACUUUCACUCUCAACUUCUCCAAAGGGUCUAGCCAAGUCAUUGCUCAGUAUUAUCAGCUAAUCCGCUUAGGCUAUGAGGGUUAUAGGAAUGUGAUGGAGAACUGUCAAGAAAAUGCAAUCGUACUGAAAGAAGGAUUGGAGAAGACAGGAAAGUUCAACAUUGUAUCCAAGGAUGCUGGAGUUCCUUUGGUCGCAUUCUCUCUUAAAGACAACAGCCGUCACAACGAAUUUGAGAUUUCUGAAAUGCUGCGCCGGUUUGGAUGGAUUGUACCUGCCUACACCAUGCCCCCUGAUGCACAGCAUGUUACCGUUUUGAGGGUGGUAAUCCGAGAAGAUUUUUCGAGAACUUUGGCGGAGCGCCUUGUCCUCGAUAUCGAGAAGGUCUUGCAAGAAUUGGAUACCCUGCCGUCCAGAGUCGCGGAUAAGCUGGUUGCUGCCAAUGGAACGGAAGAUCAUGUUGCCAUUGUGAAGAAAACCACUCGUGAAGUUCAACUGGAAGUUUGCACUGCCUGGAAAAAGUUGGUAGCCGACAGGAAGAAGACUAAUGGUGUGUGCUGAUCCAUACCAUAUUUCCGACUGCACUUGCAUUCUGUUUGGUCAUUGAUAUUUGGUUUUUGAGUAUGAAGUUAUGGCACUUCUACUUAUUAGGACUAUCUAGUUAAAACAUAUGAGAUUGCAUAUGUCUUUGUCUGUUGAUUUACUGUAAGAACCCUAUAAGUACCUGGAUGUCCUGGACAUAGGCACCAGCAACAAUGUCAGGCCCGUCGUACGGUUUUCCUAGUUCUUUCAUCUUGUUUUGCCACUUCCUCUUGAAUGCUAAGCCAGCGAGCACAAUGGCUUCUCAUGUUCCUUAAAAGUUUCAAUUUUAACAUCAGCCUCUACAUCUUAACAGUUGCAUUAAAAAUAUUGGCUUUCUUAUUUGACACAUUGGUUCUGUUUUUAACUAACUGGGAAUCACUCAACCGUUGGAUGCUUAUUUAUACAAUUGUACGCCAUCAUCGAUUAAUAUGUAGUGGUUAAGCAAUGAGGCCAUACUAUAUAUAUGCUUCAUCAUGUCCC